AUGACUCAAGUAGUGAGGUAUGGGGAAGACCCAUUGCAAACUUUGAAAGCAUUCAAUUACAAUCCACAAAAUCAGAAGACUUUGAUUUUCAUUCAUGGUGGUGCGUGGAGAGAUCCUAAUAACACCUACGAUGACUUUGGAGAACUAAUAGAUCAGCUCCCCCGAAAUGCCAAUUACUUCAGUUUAAACUACCGUCUUUCUCCAAAAUCAAAGCAUCCAGAUCACCUCCAAGACGUCAUCAAUGCUUUGAAGUUUUUGGAAACACACUACAACUUGAAACGUGUCCUGUUAGUUGGUCACUCAGUGGGAGCGACUCUAAUCUUACAAAUGCUAACGUACAAAGCACUUUUAUCUGAAAAUAUGAUAAGUCCUCUUAGGAUUCAACUAGAAAACUUAUACUUCUUGGAUGGCAUCUACGAUAUUGUCGAACUUCUAGCGGAGUAUCCCACUUACCUGCUGUUCGUGAAUGAGGCUUUCGAUAGUGAGACUGGUUAUGCCAAUGCGACCGCCGUCAGUAGGCCAGCCAUGAACUUCGAUUUCGAUUUUGGUCACAUUCUUCUUCUACAUUCCUUAGAUGAUGAGCUUCUAAGUGAAAGGCAACUGGAUCUUUUCGCUCAUUAUCUCAAACAGAAGGGUGUAGAUUUUGAGGAUCGCAGAGGACACUGGGGAAAGCACGAAGAAGUCUAUCGCAGAAAGGAAAUUGCCGAAGUUCUCAAGGAUUCAAUUCCACUUAUAUAA